AUGGAAGAAACUAAUGCAGAAACAAUGAGUGCAUCAUUAGAUGAACCCAUAAAUAAAAAAACGCUAUCAAAAGCAAACGCGCAGAAGUACGUUUCGAUGUUCCGCAUCGAUGGAGUUCCAAUUUUACCGCCAUUGAUUACGCAAGAAAAACGCCGGCAAAUGCAAAAAUUUAAAGAGAAGGCAGUUAAGGUUGAACAGCGCCUUGAGGAAUGUCGUCGCAGAAGGGGGAGAUAUAACUUGGAAUAUUCCACGGUCGGUGAAGAGUUAAAACUAGAUCAAAUAGGAGGGAGUAAUAACCACGAUAUUAGCAGCAGCAGCAGCAGUAGUGUGUCUGAACACAUAAAACAAGAUAAUCAACAUGAAGAAGUUGAAAAAUCAUAUCUGUUGCUUUCAGAUCUUUUAGUUCAAAAUGAAGUCGGUUCUUCAUCGAUUAUACCUAAUCAAAAUAAUUGCAAAAUGAACCGUCAAGCCUCCGGAGAAGCUCAAGAUGAAAUUAAACUUUUUCAACAACAGCAGCAGCAAAUUAAUUUGGACCAUCCGAAACAGAAACCUUUAGAACGUAAAGUUUAUUUAUAUGAAGUUGACGAGGAUGAAAAUCCCAAUUUUCAAAUACAUCAGAGACCCAAACCAUGCAUGGAUAAAUCUUUAAUGAAAAUACCAUCAAUAUGCAUUGAUCCGCCAACACCAAUCACAGCAACGUGUACUUUUAGUGACAGUAUAAAUCAGCAAUGUAGCAUUGAUAUUAUAAAUGUGAAUAAUGACAAGAAAGCCAGCAAGGAAACAAACAAGUCAUUGAUGGAAGAAUAUGGUUCAGAUGAAAGCUUCAAUUAUACAGGGUCCACGACAAAUCUUGAACGUGACCUUAAAACACAUCGGAAGGUAACGAACAUUACUAGCAAAAUUAUCAAGUUCGAAAACUUUUCUACAACGGAACAAAAAGAAGACACAGCGAAAUGUUCUAAUAUAAGGCCUCCGCAGCGAUCAGCCACAAGUCCAUCGUUGAAUGCAGGAACUUCGGAGAGAACACAGAUCGCUCCCGAUUCUCUAGGCGUGACACAUGGUUCACAGAGUCACAACGGUUUGGUCCGCUCCAAUUCAUUCACGUUAGAGGGUCCUUCAGAAGCAUUAAUCGAACAUAUCCGUCAACAAAAAUUACCCCCUAACAAUAAUUACCCCACUAAGCGUUUGAAUUUAUUUUCCAUUAGUGCUACACGCGACACUGUGGAAUCAAAAGCCAAGCGUGUACAGAAAAUAGAUUUGAAAUCCCGUUCAGUACCAACGCGCUUACAGCUAAAGCCUUCUACCACAAACAUAACCACUCCGUCCCUUUCGCAUUCAACUAAUAACAAAAUAAAACGUUCGCCAUAUGAACAAAAGGUCACCAAACCAAAGAUGGGGCGCCAACUGAAAAAAUCAGCUUGCGGCACCUCAUCUAUCAAACAAAUGAAGACCAGAACUUCGAUGCCGAGCAUACCUUCAGACAAAAAAUCGACAGAAGUUGCACGCGAGCCAGCAACAAACAACCUACACUUUAACGACAUUGAAACUGAACACCGUCAAAAAUUCCUAGAAUUGUUGGCACAUCAAAAAACGGAACAGCAACGAAUGCACCAGUUAUUCGAAGGCAACAACAGCACUUGCUCGAACAACUUACUGCCAAAAUGA